CUUAGGAGCUUAAUAAUGGUUGUGAACCAAAAAGCCAGGGCGUGGUCGCCCCGCCCCCCCGCCGUCCGAUUCGCAGAUUGGCCGGAGGCGAGGACGAGCCCCGCCCCUGGUCUUAUGACUCGGGCCGGAGCGGCGCGUCCUGGCUCUUGCUGCGCCCUGGUCGGUGGUCGCAGAGUUCCCGCCUCAGCCCCGCGAGCGUCGUCGCUGGUGUCGCCGCUCUUGCCGCCGCCGCCGCCGCCCCUGCCCCUCGGGAUCAUGGUGUGCUUCCGCCUCGCCCCUGUUCCGGGCUUGGAGCUCGCCCUGCUCUGCCUCGUCCUGGGGGCUGCCCAGUCUUAUGCAUUGGAACUGAAUUUGACAAAUUCAGAAAAAGUCACUUGCCUUUACGCAAAAUGGCAGAUGAAUUUCACAAUACAGUAUGAAACUACAAACAAAACUAAUAACACUGUAACCAUUUCAGCCCAUGAUCCUGUGACAUACAAUGGAAGCAGUUGUGGGGAUGACCACAAUGGUCCCAAAAUAGCUGUGCAAUUUCAGUCUGGUUUCUCUUGGAUUGUGAAUUUUACCAAGAGUGCUCCUAAUUACUUCAUUGACAGCAUCUUGUUUUCCUACGACACCAGGGAUAACACAACAUUUCCUGAUGCUAAAGAUAAAGGACUCUUUACCGUCGCUGAUUCUGUGGAAGUCAGUGUUCCGUUGAAUAACAUCUUUAGAUGCAAGAGUUUAUUAACUCAUGAAAAGAACCAUGUUGUCCAGCACUAUUGGGAUGUUCUUGUUCAAGCUUUUGUCCAAAAUGGCACCGUGAGCAAAAAAGAAUUUCUGUGUGAGGAAGACAGAAGCCCCACCACAGCGGCCCCCGUCAUUCACACCACUGUGCCCUCGCCUACCACGACGCCCGCUGCAAAGGAGAAGCCAGAAGUUGGCAACUACUCAGUGAGUAAGGGCAACAGCACGUGCCUGCUGGCGACCAUGGGGCUGCAGCUGAACGUCACUCAGGACAAGGUUGCCUCAAUCAUUAACAUCAACCCCAACACAACGGGCUUCACUGGCAGCUGCCAACCCAACACAGCUCAGCUUCGGCUCAACAGCAGCGUCGUUAAGUAUCUUGACUUUGUCUUUGCCGUGAAAAAUGAAAACCGAUUCUACCUGAAGGAAGUGAAUGCCAGCAUAGCGUUGGCAAAUGGCUCCGUUUUCAGCACUGCAAAUAAGAACCUUAGCUACUGGGAUGCCCCCCUGGGAAGUUCUUAUAUGUGCAACAAAGAACAGACUGUGUCAGUGUCUGAAAAUUUUCAGAUAAAUACCUUUCGCCUAAGGGUUCAGCCUUUCAAUGUGAAGGAAGGAGUAUAUUCUACAGCCCAGGAGUGUUCGCUGGAUGAUGACACCAUUCUAAUACCAAUUAUAGUUGGUGCUGGUCUUUCAGGCUUGAUUAUCGUUAUAGUGAUUGCUUACCUAAUUGGCAGAAGAAAAAGUUAUGCUGGAUAUCAAACUCUGUAACAGUAGUCCAUAUGUGAUCUCUGUGGCAAAAUAAUAAAGCAAGUACAAGUUCCAACAUGCAUUACUAUUCAAUUUAAUGUACACUUAGUUGCAGUCCCACUCUUAGAAUGGAUGGUUUGGGAGAUUUGUAAUUCAAACUAAAACAUUAAAAAAAAAGAAAUAGAAAAAAAACAAAAAGAAAAAAAAAACCUGUAAGCUACAAAUUAGCCAUGCGAUUUUUGGUUUUUAGCACCAAGAAAUUUAAAGCUAUUAUUUCCAUAGCAAAACAUAUAUGCAACACAUCUGGACUAGAGGUUUUAUUUUACUGCUUUGAAUUAGUAUUUUAUCAGUUUCAUUUAAAUGGUAUGGCUAGAAAUACACAGUUUAAGAAAAAAUGUUUUUGAACAAAAUUUUCUUGCUGCAUGAGGUUGAAUGAGGGCAGCAUUCUACAGUGGAUUUGUACUUGCUUCUUUUGCAUUUUAUUGUGAUUUUGUUUGCAGGUUAACUUCGCUACUUUGGCGUUGCUGCAUAUUUGACCAAUGAGAGAGAUGUUAGUAGAUUUGCACAGGGCUUAGUAAUACGUUUUUACCAGUGAAUGUUUUUCUCAUGAUUUUCAAUACAUUUGUGUUUAAUGUGGCCUGAAUGACAAAAGAUACAAAAACCUUUUAAAUUUUAGAAUAAGCGUUACUGUUGCUUUAUCGUUUUUUAAAAACUGGCCAUGUCAACCUUUUAAAUUGCAAGACAGAAGGCUAUCCCGACUGGGCAUUUUAAUCUAUUUUGUAGGUGCUUUAGAGAUAAUUGCUAGGCAGUGCCAGCUGAGGGCAUUCAUUAGUCCUUUGUGUACCCAUAAAUUGGCCUCAACGUGCAGUACUAAAAUUAAUGAAGAUUUCUCUUUAACCUUCAAGUCUUUCUUGUUGGUGGUAGUAUAUUUUAUUCUUUUUUUUCUUAAAAGAGAAAUGCCAGUGUGUCCUAGAACCUAGAUAAAAAAGUACAUUUGCACUUAGAAAAUAACUCACACCUAACUCAACAUUUUGAUCUUAGUCCAUUAAAAAGUUAUUGGUUUCCAGUUUGCAUUGAUUGCUACAACAUUAUUAAUUGGGCUGUCACAUUUAAGUGGCUCUGUGCUAAUCAAAACUUACACUGUUUUUGUUAUGGUAGAAUCAUUAAUUCAUGUACUUUGUAUUGAGUUUUGUGCUCUGAGAGAUACGCCAGUUGUCCAUUUGCUCUGUACCACCUAAUGCUUUAUAUGAGAAAGGAAAAUACUUCAGCUUGAUCGUUAACAUAUAGGUAUUCCUUGUAGCUUCUAGGCAAUCUUUUUUUUUAUACAUAUAAAUAUUGGUGAGACUGAGCACGCUAAAAUAUUAAUAUGUAGCCAUAGGUGGAAGAUUCCUGUGGUUAUUUGGAGAGGGCAGAUUAUAUGCCUCCCGUGCAUAAGAAAAUGCGGAACUCUCAGGGUUCCAAAAUACUAAUGCUGAAUGCAUCAGUACACACACGCACUCACACAUAUAUAGGCAGUUGCAUGCUAACAUGUAUAUGUGUCUAACUGUCCUUUGUGUUAUAUUAGAGUGAUAAAAUAUUUUCUCUCACUUAAAUUUGCUGUCUGUUUAGCCUGCAGGCCUUACUGGCUCAGAAUCAAAUUCCUGACUAACCCUUCUAGAGCUACAUUGAGCUGCACUGCCAGUUUAAAACACUUCUUAAAGACUAAAUAUAAAUUGGUUUUUAAAAAAAAUAUUUUUAUUUAAACUGUUUUACUGUAAAAUUGUUAAUCUUAUAAGAAUGGAUAAUGCUUUUAAGAAUGUGGGCCUUAGAUAUUUCUCAAGGGAAAAUGAAGCAGCUUUUUUUUUAAAAAAAGUAAACAUCGGAAGCACAAGUGGUCACACUGGCUUAAUGCUGUUAAUGUUUCUAAAAGUUUCUACACUUAGAGUAUAUAUCAGAGUGAUAUUAAAAUACCUCCGAUAAGCACUGUUUUAUAGAAAAUCUGACAUCAGUGAAUAUUUUUGUAUUUUACAUGGACCAGUUUAUAUACUGCUCUUCACGCUAUUAUUUCCUACAGUCACAUGUUCUUUGUACCUUUUGUAGUUUUUGUUUUGUUUUACUGGGUUUGUGCCUUGAUGGUGAUACGCUAUUUAGUUCGGGGUGCUUUUCAUGUUUUACCAUUUCCACAAAGAAACUGGUCCAUGUAAAUGCUUUCCAUGUUUUCUCCUCAAAUGUUUAAACCACUAGUUGAUGUAUGGUAUCGCUCUUUAGAAAUUUGCUUGUCUGUUUGCUCAACAUUGCUUCUAAAACAAUAAAGAUUCUUUUAUUUCUUAAGGAAA